AUGUCGGGAUUUCGCCAUGCCGGUGUGUCCAAGAUCGGCGUUAGAUCCAUCACCUGUUACCGCCAGAUCCGCCGCCUACGGAGUUGUCCCGCGGCCUUAAACGCUGGACCGAAGAGAAACAAACGAGAGGGAACCGCCAUCCCUCACCGCAGAUCCGUCGACACCAUCUCCGUCCAGCUACGACCUCUGAACUUCAUCACUGAAUCUGAAACGUGGAUCUCCCAGAUUCCUUUUAUCUCGGGUACAUCAAAGUUUAGAAAUUUAACGGAGUCAUUGCAUAUACACUUGGUGGAGUGCAGUCCCGCGUUGCAGAAACUUCAGCACCAGAACCUGAAGUGCACAGAUGAAAGUAGUUCGGAGAAGAAAGCUAUAAGUUCACUAGCUGGGACACCUGUGCACUGGCACGCUACUCUUGAAGAGGUACCAUUAGGAGUACCAACAAUAAUCAUAGCUCAUGAGUUCUAUGAUGCUCUUCCAGUUCAUCAGUUUCAGGUUUGUGUGAUUUGCAAUAUAGUCUUCUCAUUUUUCCAGCUUGUGCUUCUCUUUCUGGCUAUUUUCUAUGUUCUGUGUAUGUUGCUUUCAAAGCAGUUCAUCUUGAAGAAACAACAUGAAGCUAUCCAGAAGCAACAAGGUCAGUCUUACGCACCUAUUGAGGAGACGGAUGAGAGUCUUCAUGUAGCGACAAGCGGAGGAUCACAUGGGCACGGGGAGUUUGAAUUCGGCGAGAUCUUUGUGCAUCAGUUUUUUCACACCAUAGAAUUUUUUGCUUAGAUCUGUUUCCAACACCUCUUCUUACCUGCGUAUAUGGGCUCUCAGAUAUCUAUCUAAUCAUGGAGUAGUAGGAAGCUACUAUAUAUAUUACUCAUGGCUUAACUAUAUCAAUCAUCCUUUGUGUGUAUUGCAGUCUUGCACACUCGGAGAUAUCGUCAGUCUUCUAUGAGACUAUGAGAAGGUCGUCCUUCUCGCUUGGGGUACAACAAUGUGUUGAUCCUGAUCGUUGGGAUCAUUGUUUUCAUAUUGUGGGAUUGCUGCUGGUGAUAGAGACACUGAGCACGUUCCUUCGCGCACUGCGUCUCCACUUGGUGGAGUUUCAGAACAAAUUCUACGCUCAUUUCUCUUUCGUUCUCACCGGAAACGAAGACGAUUGAUAGGGAUGAAUGAUUGUUCCAUUCCCCUCCCAUUCUCUGCAAAAUUUGCAUAUAUAAAAAAGGAACGAGACAAACCAAGUUUUAUUUAUUUUCUGCGAAUAUAUUUUUCCCCUUCCAUAUUCAGGGUGGGCGGAAUUAAAUAUGUUUAUUUUGUUUGCCUGUCUGGAGAUUAGAUUUUUUUAAACAACAGUGGAGAAGGGGCUAAUGGAAUUUGUACGAGGCACAAUCCUUUUUGCGAGAGUGAAUCCUUUUUGAUGAGGUCCUAUAACAAAUUAAGGUGAGAGCCUGAGAGAGUUUGACAUAUUAACUUUGCUUAGGGCUUUUUUUUUUUCAUCUAUUUUAGGAGUUGAAUAAUAUUUUGACAGACUUGAGUGUGCCAGUCUUUACUUAUGAGAUAUUAUGUGUGUUGAGCCAAAUAAAAUGUGUUUUGGUUCUUUACACGUGAUUGAAUAUUUCUCUUUUUUUUUU